AGAGAGAGAGAGAGAGAGAGCGCGACUGGACCAUAAUUCGUGUGCAUCCAAGAUGCUCCCCCCCAAAAGAUUUCCUCUCAAUCGUUCAUUUUCUUAAUGGACAGUAAAUACGAAUUCUAUCAUACACAUUCGUUUGUGUGCUUUACUCUCCCGUAUUGUACAGUCGCUCUCCACACGUAAAAUUGAGCUCCAAACUCUGCUAUCUGAUAAGGGAUUUAAACGCCCCUCACCUCUCAUUUCUCUCUCUAAAAGCCUCUAUUCUACAAACGAGGCUCUCUCUCUCCCUGUAUGAAAUUUGGGCUUGGUGGUUUACUUUAUCAUCACUGUAACAUGUCCAUUCUUUUGCCAUUCACUUGUAUGUCUGUUUCUUUUCCAUUCUCGAAGGAUUCACCUUUCGUUUAAUAGAACUUGGAUUUUCGAGCAAAAAUAUAUAUAUAUAUAUAUUUUGGUACAGUGAGCUCUUUACUGUGAGUUCCUUUUUGUGGUGGAGUUUAUUCAGGGUAACCGAAGAAUGAGUUGUGCCCUGAUCCUUUAAACCACUACGACAUCUGAAAUUUAUUAUUGUUACAUUAUGGCACCUGUGGUUCCUUGUCCCAUAGGAAGCAUUUAUCUCUUUCCUGGAGCUGUUUUUCCCUUGUGCAGAGAGGCCCACUUAAGGAAGUCUACUUCUCCCCAAAUAAACAGAGGAGCCACCCUCCUCUCACAAAGAUUCCUCAACUCAAAGCCAAUCUCAAGUAAGCUAUUCCACAUUGAAAGAAGGGGCAUAUCUCUAAAGCAGAGCUCAAGACUUCAAAUUUCGGCAACCACAAGCACUGAUGUAGCGGUGGAGGAGCCAAACUCUGCUUCAACAAGUGAAGAUUCGACUGAGACCUCCAGUUCAGAAGCUUCUGUUACAGUUGAACCCCCUGGACCUGAGGCCCAAACUAAGCGCACUAGACCUGUAAGGAAGAGUGAGAUGCCUCCUGUAAAGACUGAGGAACUUACCCCAGGAGCCACUUUCACUGGCAAAGUGCGAUCGAUUCAGCCAUUUGGGGCUUUUGUUGAUUUUGGGGCUUUCACGGAUGGGCUUGUACAUGUUUCUAGGCUUAGUGACAGCUAUGUAAAAGAUGUUAAUGGCUUUGUUGCAGUUGGGCAGGAGGUGAAAGUUCGAAUUGUUGAAGCAAACAUGGAAACUGGAAGGAUUUCUCUUACUAUGAGAGAGAGUGAUGACACAACCAAGUCUCAGCAAAUGAGGGAUUCUUCUUCUAGUUCUACAAGUGACAAACCAAGACCAACCAGAAGGAACCCCAAGUCUAAUCAGAGGAGAGAGAACGCUCAAAAGACCUCAAAGUUUCAGACAGGGCAAGUUUUGGAUGGAACUGUUAAGAAUUUAAACAGAGCUGGAGCUUUUAUUUCUCUGCCAGAGGGUGAAGAAGGAUUUCUUCCCACCUCUGAGGAAUCUGAAUGGUUUGCUGUUUUGGGGAGCUCAGAGAUGCAAAUAGGUCAAGAAGUUAAGGUCCGGGUGUUGCGUAUCACAAGAGGCCAGGUAACUCUGACAAUGAAGAAAGAAGAGGAGAAUAUGGAUGAAGCGAACUUAAAGCUUAACCAGGGGGUGGUUUAUGGGGCUACCAAUCCCUUUGAGUUGGCUUUUCGUAAGAACAAAGCCAUUUCUGCAUUUUUGGAAGAGAGAGAAAAAGCUCAGAGUUUGGUGGAAGAAUCGAAGAGUGGUCCAACUGAAGCCAAGUUUGAAACUCUACAGUCUUCUGAGAUUAAAACUGCCCAAGAGAUCCCACAACCUGAAGAAGAAAAUGACCAGGUGAACAGUCCUCCAUAUAAUGAAGUGCAAGAAGAUGAUACUGCUGCUUCUAUAGAGACAAAUGAAUCAUCAGAAGUUUUAGAUUCUUUUUCAUCAGUGACAGGUGGAACUGUCAUAGCAAAGGAAGAUGAACCAGAGCCAGUGGAAGCAACUCUUGGGCGAGAUUUUGUCUCUCACGAACCUGAAGAAGUCACCGAUAUUGGGUCUAGCAUACUCCCAGGUGCCACUACUUUGGCAGGGGAUUUGGCAAUGACAGAUUCUUCUUCAUCUGCAACAGAAGAAACCAAAAUUGAGAAGGAAGUAGAACCAAAGGCAGAAGAAGCAACUUCCAGUGGAGAGAAUGUCUUAGAUGAUCCUGAUGAAGUUACUGUCCCUAAGAGUGUGGUUUCUACUGAGAAAAAGGAGGAAGUUACCACCUCAGGGGAUGCAACAGGGGGUGCAAUCUCUAGUGAAAUGGUGAUUCCUGAUCAAAAACCAUCUAUGGAUAAGGUGUCUGAUGAAUUCCCAGGUGUCAUAUCACAGGAUUUAGUACUUGAUCAGUCGGAAGAUAUUGAAGUUAUAAAGAAAGAUGAAGUGCUUUCUGAAAGCUCCUCCAUAUCUGAUUCUCCUGUUAGUUCAGUAACUGGUUACAGUGCAACAAAAAGUGAAACAAAGGAAGAUAGUGAUCAAACUCAGGACAAGGAGCUUGUUGGUGGGUUCUCAGAAGAGAGUACGAAAAUUCAAGAGGAAACAAAACCAGGAGUUGAUGUUCCAGAAAUAGAAGCUACUGAAGAUGUGAAGGCUGUGCCUUCAGUUUCUGCUGAGAGUGGUGAAACCACCUCAAAUGGCUCAAUAGAUAUUCCUUCUUGGGAAGGAACAUCCAAAGAGUAUGCUGGCCCUACCCCAAAUGGAUUAAUGGAUACGCCUUCACCUCAGGAAAGCACAAUCAAAGCUACCAUAUCUCCAGCUCUAGUUAAGCAGCUUCGAGAAGAAACUGGGGCCGGAAUGAUGGAUUGCAAAAAAGCCCUCACUGAGACUGGAGGAGACAUUGCCAAAGCUCAAGAGUUCCUUAGAAAGAAGGGCUUAGCAAGUGCAGAUAAGAAAGCAAGCAGAGUAACAGCAGAAGGAAGAAUUGGUUCUUAUAUACACGAUAGUCGAAUUGGCGUUCUGAUAGAGGUUAAUUGUGAAACCGACUUUGUUUCUCGGGGAGAGAUAUUUAAGGAAUUGGUUGAGGACUUAGCCAUGCAAGUUGUGGCAUCCCCUCAAGUUCGAUACUUGGUCACUGAAGAUGUCCCAAAAGAAAUUGUAGAGAGAGAAAGAGAAAUCGAAAUGCAAAAGGAGGAUCUAUUGACGAAACCCGAACAAGUUAGAGAGAGAAUUGUGGAAGGAAGGAUGAAGAAGAGGCUUGAGGAAUUGGCUCUUCUUGAGCAGCCAUACAUAAAGAACGAUAAGAUUGUGGUAAAAGAUUGGGUGAAACAAACCAUUGCAACUGUUGGGGAGAACAUAAAAGUGACGAGGUUUGUGAGGUACAAUCUUGGAGAAGGUUUGGAGAAGAAAAAGCAGGAUUUUGCAGCAGAGGUUGCUGCUCAAACUGCAGCAAAAUCAUCACCACCUUCAUUGCAAAAAGAGCAGCCUGAGUCAUCAUCAGUGCCAAAAGAUGAAACUGUAGUCGAAGCCAAGCCAGCUGUGGCUGUAUCGGCCUCACUAGUCAAGCAACUGAGAGAAGAAACAGGAGCUGGCAUGAUGGAUUGCAAGAAAGCCCUCACUGAAACAGGAGGCAACCUCGAGAAAGCCCAAGAAUACCUCAGAAAGAAGGGCUUAUCAAGUGCCGAUAAAAAGUCAGCUAGAAUAGCAGCUGAAGGCCGAAUAGCCUCGUAUAUCCAUGACUCUCGAAUUGGUACUCUCAUUGAAGUUAACUGUGAAACCGACUUUGUAGCUCGUGGUGACAUUUUCCAACAAUUAGUGGAUGAUUUAGCCAUGCAAAUAGCGGCAUGCCCACAAGUUGAAUAUGUGACAGUGGAAGAAGUCGCUGAAGAGAUAGUGAACAAGGAGAGAGAGAUAGAGAGAGAAAGAGAGGAUCUUCUCUCUAAGCCGGAGCAUAUCAGAGAUAAAAUAGUUGACGGGAGGGUUUCAAAGAGGCUCGGAGAGCUUGCUUUGCUGGAGCAACCAUUCAUUAAGGAUGACAGUAUUCUUGUGAAGGAUUUGGUGAAACAGACAAUUGCAUCUCUUGGGGAGAAUAUACGUGUUAGGAGGUUUGUGCGUUACACUCUUGGAGAAGAGAAGAAGGCCUGAAUAAUUUGUAGUGGGUUUUGAGAGGUUGGUUAUAGGUGCGGAGGCCAUGGCCAGUUUUAUUAAGAGAUGGGUCUUAUGGAGAGAGAGAGAGAGAGAGAUGGGUGAGUUCGUUGAGUGGUUGUAAGUUGUAUUUUUGUUUAUCAUGCCCUGUAAUAUUUGAAUUUGAACUUUUUCCAUCGUACUCGGAGAUGUAUAUGGUCUUUGAGAUAUUCAUAUAUUUCUUGAGAAUGAA